AUGAAGGAUGUGGACUUGUCAGAAGACCCGGGGUCACUGCCCCCCCUCCCUGUUCUUCCAACUGUAAACUAUCAGAUUAUCAAUGCAGACCACCUCCUCCUCAGAGACAUAAGUCAGGACGCCAUGGACAACUCCAGCCUGAGGGCCCAAACCCAACCUUUCAUCCUCACCGGACUGAGUGGCCAGCCAGCCGUAAAUGUCAGCUAUGGUCCAAUAUCUUUGGAACAGUCUAUACCGCUGAAUAUGAUCUACACUGGCCCCAGGAUCCGACCAUUUAUACUGGCCCGUCAAGUACGAUCAUCCGCACCUACCUUAUACCUGCUGUUUUAUGCAACAGGCAGUAGGGGGGAUGCGAGUGAAAAUAUCCCAAAGCAGAGUGAAGGAGGGUGUAUUUGCGUUACGGCGUAUGCCUUUUGGGAAGCCAGGGAGGUCAUGGGUAGCUGCUCCAUUCCUGCAGAUGGCGGUUUUUGCUUGGUGAACUUAAAGCCAGAGGCAGCGUGGUUCAGCCCUGGAGGUGGUAGAUCUAACUUGGAGCAGAGGGGAAAUGUUGCUGACCUUUACUACCAGUCCAGACCAAGUCCUAAUGGUCAGUGUGUCCCUCAAGACAGUAAGCUGAGGCACAGUGAACUGGGACGGCAGAUUUUGGGAUCCGCCAUGAAGAGGAUUGGGACUGUGAACCUUCUGCGUUCUCCUCCGGGAAAUCCCACAUUUAUGCGUUUGCGUCUUGGGGGUGCUGUCAUUAUUCAGACCUCAUCGAAGCCACUGAAGACCACAGACACAGCCACCUUUUACGUCUUCCUGUCAAGUACAUCACCGGUUGAACAUUUUGUACUCAGAGCAACAUCAAGAAAAGGCAUGUCAUUCAGCCGAGCGAGACCCAGUGACGCCAACCUGUGGGACAUCACUCUGGAACCAGGGAGAGGAAGCGAUUCUCAAACCAUUUCGGUGACCUGCCAGAAAAAAGGCACAUUAACUAGUAAAAGGGGUCUUCUAGAGGUCCUGCAGAUGGAUUUUGAGACAGAGGAGCAGAGUGAUCAAUUAGAGAGCCAGAUGGUCACGUGGCGACUGGAGUUGCCUGGAAACAUGAUUCGGGAUGAGGGGACUAUGAAGAUCUACACCAUCCAAAGAGAUUACGUGGGCAUAGCGCCACUGAUCUCGGACACCGAGGUCCUAAACACAGCUGUGCUAACCGGAAAGAAGGUAUCUGUGCCUGUGAAGGUUUUGGGAGUGGAGGCUGACGGCUCCAUCACUGACAUCACCAACUCCUCUCGCUGCAGGUCUUCAGACCAGGAUGUCUUGAAGGUGUCCGAUAGAUGUGAUUUUGUGUAUGUCAGUGGUAAGGAGACACAUGGGAAGGUGAAGAUCAUGGUAAACUUCACCUACAGUUACCUGAGUGCUCAGCUGGAGAUGAGCGUGUGGAUGCCUCGACUCCCGCUGCAGAUCGAGAUGUCCGAUCCAGAGCUCAGUCAGAUCAAAGGCUGGAGGGUUCCUGUGACAGGAAACAAAAGAUUAAGCUGGGACACUGAGGAAGAUGAUGAGAGGAAGGGCCGAGGCUGCAUGUUGCAAUAUCAGCACAGUUUGAUUCGAGUGCUCACGGUGUUCACCGCAGACCCGUCAGAUCCGAGCAGCCCGUCUCCGGCAUACUUCCUUGGCGCCAAUUGGCAGGUGGAUGUGACGCGGCUGGUGCGCUACUUUCUGAAAGUGGGAGAUACGAGCGUGGCACGCCUGCAGUCGGGAAACGUUCUGACGGGCAGGGCUGUGGGUGUCACCACUGUGCAGGUGACGUCCCCGUUGUCAGACUCAGUUUUGGCUGAGAGGAUGGUCCGGGUUCUGGAUGAUAAAGUCAGUAUUACCGAGUUGGGAGUGCAGCUGGUCUCCGGUCUUUCACUAAACCUUCACCUCAGCCCGGGAAGCAACCGGGCCAUGGUUGCCAAGACGACCACACAGGAGACCAUGCACAACCUUAAACAGGAGGCCGUGGUUGGCUGCUGGCUACAGUUCAGCGAUGGCUCCCGGACCCCUCUCGAUCUGUACGAUCCUAGUGGGUAUUUUCUUACCAUCACUUCACUGGACACACGCGUAGUGUCCGUACGGCAGAUUUCGGAUUCUGUCUUUGUUGUCGUUGCGGAGGCAGAGGGACAGGGCCUACUGCUCAGAGCGGAGCUCGCCAUCUGUGAGGCGUGUCAGAAAUCCAAACGAAAGAGCAAAUUAGCUGUGGGCGGAGGCAAUGUGAUGAUCAAAUUCCCAAUGGAUGAGCAACUCGCAGGAAAUGGCAAGAAAGUCAAUAAUGCUGGACUGGAGAAUGACCAUUUCAGUAACUCUAAACUAAUCCCUACAUCUCCUUUCAAACUUGUGAGAAUCCUCAAAAACACUCUUCAGCAUGCUGGUUUCCAAGAAACCACUACUAGUGAGAUCAAAGCGGUAACAAAGUUUAACUUGCAAGAGGCAAUGGGGGGUGCAUUUUCCACCAUUAAGUCAAUAAACAGCAUGGAGAAGACUCCCGUUACCAAGCCCGUUGCAGACAAAGCUCUUGUAACCAUAGCCCCCAGAAAUGCAGAAAAAAAUGCUUAUGGAAACCUGGUAAAGAACUCCGAUUCCCCUGUGCAAGUAGAGGAACCCAAGCAGGAAGUGGAAAGCGAUCUGAUUCAGAUAUUCGGCAUGUUCGCUGACAUAGAGGUCUGCAUCUACGCAUCGAUCGGAGUCUUGUGCUUGGCCAUGAUAGCCGUCUUGCUUAACUGUGCCACGCACAAUUCAAGAUCACGCACAAAGAAAUCUCCAGUUCAGAGCCAGACCCAAGCUGAACACAAGCAUCACUGGGUGAGGGUGGGCACUGCUACAGAGCAAUGCAGAGCUGCGCCAAUCGCAACCACCUGCAAGCAGGAGAUGCACACAGCUGUGGAGAUGCCAAGAGCCGUUCAGAUGCAAAAUAGCACAGAGCUUCCCAGAGGAACUGAAAUGAUCCAGUCACGAGACACACCAGGCAUCACAGGUGAGGAAAGGACUGCCACUUUGGGAAGAAGAACCAACACUCUUCCACUAAGGCGUGAUCCUAUGGCUUUCAGAUCAGCCACUCUUCUUGCGAAGCCCAUUCGCAGUGAACCUCUACAUUCUCCCACAAGCAAGAGGAAUCAAGUCCAGUUCACGACCUUCACUACUCUGGAUAUUAAACAUCUAGCGGCUCUCAAGAAGAGUGGUCAGGACUUUGGCUGGGCUAACCAGGCAGGUAAAGUUAGUCAGGAUACCAGUAAUGGUCAGGUUGAGAGAACCAAUCGUGUGAACAUAUGUAGUCAUGAGGAAGCAGUGGGCUCUAAAGGGUUUCUUCCUGAAGGUCCGUGGCCUGUCGCUACACCAGUCUCCCAAGUGUGAUGCUGUAUUUGUGUAGCGAAUGUGUGAAACAAAACGUGCAUUACGCCGAUCCUUCUCACAUUUUUAACUUUUACUGCUUUUGUAUAAUAUACAAUAUGCGUAUUUGUAUACGUUUUACAAUUUUUGCAUUUGGCAGUUGCUUUUAUCCAAAGCAACUUACACAUUUUUAUCAGUAUGUGUGUUCCCUGGGUUUGAACCCAUGACUUUUUGCACUGCUAAUGCAAUGCUCUGCCACUGAGCUAUACCGACUAAAAUGCAUGGUUGAGCUGCCUUAAUUGAAAAACAUCUUGCACUGACAUAUCUUAACAUAUAUCAGUGCUGUAGUUUUGUUUCAAGAUGUUCACCAGUAUUGUUUUUUGUAAGUUAUGUUUGUAAAAUCUCCUGAAAUGUCCUAAGACCUAGUCCUGGAUUAACCUAAACCUUUUCUGGGAAACCACCCCAAGUUGUUUUUCACUUAAACAUAUAGGUUGAAAAAACUACCAAUUGAAGUAUUUUUUUAAGUUGAUCCAACUUUUUACAGGGUGGGUACUGUAUGUUGUAUGAAUAUUUGUCAGAUGAAGUUAUUAGAUCAUGACAUGUAUUUAACUCUUUCCCCACCAGUUAUCUGUCAAUUAAGAAAAAAACAUUUGCAUGAAAAAAACAUGUCCCUGAUGACUUUUCAU